AUGACAGAUUUUUCAUCAAAUUAUACAAAAUCAUUAGGAAUGUUGAGCAAUCGUUGGACUGCCAAAGAUGGAAGCCCUGAAGAUGAUAACUUGAAUUCUAGAAACAUUAAUAAUGGCUUGCAAGUAACUACUGUGCCACAAUUUAAGUUUAAGAAAAUUAAUUCAGUGCAGAACAAUGACCUAGAUAGCCUUGCUUCGAGACAACGUUAUACAAAUUGGUUCUUUAAUAGCAACAUGGAAGAUGAUAGCUCGACAUUUUCGAGCAUAUCUGGCCAAUUUUCUAUAAAUUCCUUGAAACGUGAACAUCUUACUCUCACGCAAUCUGUUGGUAAUUUGCUUCACGGCCUAAACAAUCUAUGUAAAAACGCUGAAGAUCAAAUUAUUUUCACAGAAAAUACGAAACAUAAGUUAACCAUUUUUGAUUUUUGUGGUGAGCGGAUAAGUUCUGGCUAUCUACUGGACAAUGGAUUGCGUUUUCCUGGUCAUAUGUACCAGUGCCAGCAGACGAGAAGGCUGGUUAUGGUCGAAAGACCUCCAAUCAGAAAAAUCAAGAUAAUAACGGCGGAUUUCAGCAAAGUUACAUCGUUCUCGUACCAUACAAAUAAUCCGCAUGAUGUCUGCGUGGACCGAAACCUCAACAUAAUACUUCUGGAUAGCAUGUUGAAAACAAUCUACAUAUACGAUGAGAUGGGAGUACUUUUGAAAACUGUCUACUGUCGGGACGUUCUUCUUCCUUUCAAUAUUGAUGUCAAUCAACACGAAGAGCUCUUUAUCUGCGACAAUAAAAAACACUGCAUAGAGGUGUUCAAUUAUGAAGGAAGAAAUUUGCGAACGAUUGGAAAAAGAUUCAUCAUAAAUUUUCCAAUUUUUGUAAGAAUAGGAAGAAAUGACGAGGUUAUUGUAGCCGACAAUCACAUGGGCUUUAAUGUAACAAUUUUCAACAGGGGGGGUGACACGAUAUUGGCGGUAAUGCAAUCAACAGAACGCAUUAAAAAAUGUUACAGUGAGGCGGUGACCUCCAAAGGAAUGAUCGUUCUGACCACCGGUGAUUGCAAUUUACUUAUUUAUAAAUUUCCUCCGACAGUAUUAAAGAAGCUAAAUUGGGAUUCAAUUCCAGACAUGAAAAUCAAUUGUAAAAUUGAUGGUAACUCUAAAAAAGCUCAUAAAAGAAAACACUUCACUUCAGUUGAACGUAAUGAAGACAUGAGGGUUUCAACGCAGAGCAAUAACCUGGAAGAUGGUGGUGCAAAUGCUCCAAAGCGGAGUAGAAAUCUGAAAGAUGUUAACAAUUGUAGCAGCAAGCUGAUUGAAAACAGUAGAAACUUGGAUAAUGAUGUUUGCACAAAUUGGUCUAUCGGUGUUUCAUCGGAAAGUGAAAAACUGCUGGAACUCAAUAUUGAAAAUGUUAGCAGAAGUCUUGCGAAGUUAAUUGAAAGCAGUUCAUAUGAGGAUUCAAGAAAGAAAAGCGAUAUUUUAUUUAAAUGUGAAAUUUCUUUCAAUCAUUUCACAAUGGCAAACAAAAAAAAUGGAAAUACUAACAAAGAAAUUAAUGCAAGACCAAUUCGAGAUAUUUGGAGCCACGAGAAUCCGGAGCAAAAUGAUCACCUUGAGAGAGGAUUCAAAACCUGGACCCGGGCAUUAUUUUGA